AUGACGGAGGGUUACAGAGACAGCCUAGACAUCAUGGCCAACGUCACCGACAUGUACGAAGGCUACGACUACGACUACUACAGUGGCGACAACGUGAGCAGUGCCUGCCCUGUCCUCCCGGGCACUGGGGCCUUCCUGUGCGCGGCCUACUCCCUCACCUUCGCCCUGGGCCUGCCGGCCAACGUGCUGUUGCUGCUGCUGGCGGCCGGGGCCCAGGCCCGGUGGAAGGGCGGGGGCCCCGUGGUGGCCCCGGGGCCCUUCGUCCCGGCGCUGGCCCUGGCCGACCUGACCCUGGUGCUCCCCCUGCCGCUCUGGGUCGACGCCUGGCAGCAGGAGGGGGUCUGGAGCUUCGGCGGGGCGGCCUGCCGGGCCGGGGCCUACCUGGCGGCGGCCGGGGCCCACGCCAGCGUCCUCCUCCUGGCCCUGACCAGCCUGGAGCGCCUGCUGGCCACCGCCAGGCCCAGGGCCCACGGCCGCCUCAGGCCCCGCUCCCAGGCCCUCCUGCUGGCCCUGGGCGUCUGGGCCACCGCCCUGCUGACGGCCGGGCCCGUGCUGUGGCGCCGGGGCCUGCAGCCCCGGCCGGGCGAGGAGAGGCCCACCUACCUCUGUGCUGACGCCGACCCGCCCGGCCCGGGCCUGGCGCUGGCCUACUGGGCCUGGACCUUCAUGCUGCCGCUAGGCCUGGUCCUGGCCUGCAACUGGGAGGUGGGCCGCCGGCUGAGGGGGGCCACUGUGUGGGGGCGCCGCCGUGACCGCCGGCUGAGACGGUCUGUGGCCCUGGUGCGGGCGGUGGCCGCCGCCUUCGCCGCCUGCUGGCUGCCCUUCCGCUCGCUCCAGGUGGCCGGGCUGGUGGCCCGCUGGCGGGGCGAGGCCACAGACUGCGGCCUGCGCUGGGCCCAGGAGGUGACGGCACCCCUGGCCAUGGCCAGCGCCGUGGCCAACCCCGCCGUCUACCUGCUGUACGCCGAGUGGCCGCGCCGGGCGCUGGGCGGCCUGCUGGGGCGGCGGGGGGCGGCCGAGGCCACGGGGAGCCUCUACACCUCCUCCGACACUCCGGGCUGA